GUAUCUGAAGCCUCUCAAAAGCCCCUGUAUUGACUGACCAAUAGUGUCUGAAUCCCAAAUGGGGCACAUAGUACACUACGUAAUGUGUAACUAAAAAUCAGGCAUUAGUGUACCUACAUAGUGCACACAUACAGGAAGUAUGUAGUGAUUCAGGAUUGGAUCGGUGAAGCAGUUUCGGUGCGCUUGGGCGAAGAUGGCGCAAGCACUAUCAGAAGAGGAGUUUCACCGUAUGCAGGCUCAGCUUCUGGAGCUGCGAACGCAGAACUACCAGCUCUCAGAUGACCUGCGAAAGAACGCUGCAGAGCUCAACAAUGUCCGCCAGAAGACCUUGACCUUGGAGAAAGAUUACCUCAAAGCACAGAAGGCACUUAAUAAGAGCAAGAAAGCUCAGGAGGUGGAUGCGUUGCUGAGUGAAAAUGAGAUGCUUCAGGGCAAACUGCACAGUCAGGAGGAUGAUUUCAGACUGCAGAACAGCACCCUCAUGCAAGAGCUGUCCAAGUUAUGUUCCCAGAUCGAGCAGCUGGAGGCUGAGAAUCAGGGCUUGCGGGAGGGGAGGGGCCUCCAAGCUCACGCCCCUGGCCCUGUGUCCGGCCCGACAGAUGGAGAGCUUCUGCGCCUACAGGCUGAAAACUCCGCCCUGCAGAAGAAACUGGCAGCUCUUCAGGACAGCGAGCAAAACCGCACGCGUGGAGUGGAUGACGGGAAAGAGGCAGCGAUUGACGCCAAUGGUGUCAGCGACCAGCUGCACACAGAUGCUGCUCGCUCCAGUGAUGACAUGGCAGCUGCUUUAGCCAAUGACAGACUGGAGCAGGCAAAAAGUGUCCGUCUGGAGCAAAGAGUAAACGAGCUAAGCGAGGUGGAGCUGAAGCUUCAGACAGAGAUGGAAGAGAAGCGAUUACUGAAAGAGCAGCUACAGGCCCUGGAGGCAUCCAAACAAGCUGAACUCGCAAAACUUCAAGAAGAGUGUGCUAAGCUCUCUGACAAGUUAAAGAAAAAACAGGAGAGCUUCCUGCAGCUCCAGGGGGAAAAAGAGGCUCUCUACCACGACAGCAGGACGAAAAUAGACGAGAUCCAGCAGCGCCGAGAGGAGGAGCUGAAAUCCAUAAACCUGCGCGUGCAGAAACUACAGUCUGAUUUAAUGAACGCUAACCAGAAUGUUGCUGAGCUAAAGGAGCAGUUGCAGAGCAAGCAGAAAGUGCACGAGAUGGCUCUCCAUGAACUCAAAGAUCAGGUAGCGUGUCAGAGCGCGGUCAGUCAGGAGCAGGUGGAGGGCAUGCUGAGUGAGAAUGAGGCUCUCAGGACUAACCUAGCCGCCCUAGAACAGAUCCAGACAGUGAAGACUCAGGAGCUGAACCUCCUCAGGGAGCAGAGCAUGGCGCUGAACGUGGAGCUGCAGCAGAGACGCAGUGAGCAGGAGAGCUUACUGGCGCAGAAAGAUGACCUCAGCUCUCAGCUACAGGAGUCAAACCGAGCCAGUAGUAGACUACUGGAACAGAUCUCCGAACUGGGUCUGGAGAAGGAUAAGCUGCAGCAAGAUCUGGAAGAAGCCAGGAAGACUGCAGACAAGCGCAAAGCCAUGCUGGACGAGCUGGCCAUCGAGAUGGCGCAGGAGAAGUCGAGACACAAAGAGGAGCUGAGCGACCUGCGACUCCAGCAUGAGAAAGAGGUGCUGUGCAUCCGGGCACGCUACGAGAAAGAGCUCCGCGGCCUCCACGAAGAAAAGAGCCGCACGGAGGAGGAGAUCCGCUCCCAGCUACGAGACGAGAAGGCUCGCAAUAAGGAGCUGGAGGGUCUGCAGCAGAGUGUGGAAGAGCUGCAGGCUCAGUUGCAGUCCAUGGAGGGAACCAAGGGAUGGUUCGAGCGCAGGCUGAGAGAGGCCGAGGAGAUAAUCGAGAAGAACAGACUGGAGCACACAGGGGAGAUGGAGAGACUGCAGAGAGAACAAGCCGUCCAGCUUGAGGGGAAAUCGGGAGAGAUCGAGGCCGUGAAACAGCAGAUCACCACCAUGGACAAGGAGAGAGAGGAGCUCAAUAACACCAUCGCUAAACUCAAACAGGAGAUUAGAGACACUGUAGAUGAACAGCGGAUUCUGGAGAAGAAAGGCAGUUCAGCGCUGAAAGACUUGAAGCGGCAGCUCCAUCUGGAGCGCAAAAGAGCGGACAAGUUGCAGGAGAGGCUACAAGAAAUCCUGACCAACUCCAAGACCAGGACAGGUCUGGAGGAGCUGGUGUUGUCCGAGAUCAGUUCUCCGUGUCGGACCCAGCAGACAGGAGACAGCAGCAGCGUCUCGUCCUUCAGCUACAGAGAGAUGAUGAAGGAAGGAGCAUCGGCACAGACCACCAAUAAGUCCAACACCAGCAGUCCUCAAUCCCAAAGACCAGCUGACCUCUCUGACGACGAGGUCAACGAACUCUUCCAGAGGCUGGCUGAGGUGCAGCAGGAAAAGUGGCUGCUGGAAGAGAAGGUGAAACACUUGGAGGUCAGCUGCUCCUCUAUGGCCGACGACAUCUGCAAGAAGAGUGCCAUCAUAGAGACUUACGUCAUGGACAGCAGGAGAGAUGGAGGAGGAGCUGCAUCUCAUGCUGCUCACCAGGGAGAGAGGGGAGGUCUGAGUUCGGUGCUCCGGGAUCUGGUCAAGCCUGGAGACGAGAACCUGCGGGAGAUGAACAAGAAGCUGCAGAACAUGCUGGAGGAACAGCUCACCAAGAACAUGCAUCUACAGAAGGAUCUGGAGUUGUUAUCUCAGGAGCUUGUGCGUUUCAGUAAAGGCACCGAUCCUGCGCAAGAUCCCAAGGCCACGGGCUAACGUGAAUAAAACAAAAAAAAAACAACAACCAAGCUGCGCCUCUCGGUCUGAUCGCCCUCGGCGACAGAGAGAUGCCGCACCUUCAUACCACACAGACUGGAUGACUGGAUCGAGUCCGCGCAGAAGAGGAAUAAGAGCGCGAUCACUCGCAAGUCCUCAACUGCUGAAUGUACUUAACACUGUAACACUUUGCGUGUCGUCUACACAGAGCAGGGCGGCGUCUUCCUAGCUGACCCAGAAUGCUUUGCGUGUCGCGUCCAUGAACCGUGCCGAACGGGCUUCGUGUCAAACCUCCGCCAACCCCUACAAGCUCGAGAGGGUUUUUCUGUUCAGACUUUCUGCUUCACAACAACAGCAGCUUCCUGUUUCCUCUUUGCGUCACAUGUGUAAAUAUGAAGAUAGGAGCGGUAAAAUUAGUAAUAGAUUAGUUCCAGACAAUUAUAGGAUGUAUAGUAGUAGCUGGUAAGAAGCGAGUGUUGCGAGGAGAGCCGUGGUGCUCGUUAAGGCUCACGAGUUCGACUAGGAUCGUUACGUCUGCUGUUCGUUAUGGCGACAUAAUAGUCGUCGGAGCGUUUUGGGCGUCGGCUGGGAGCGCUGCUGUGAGGUAAAUCGACCCCACGGGUUCUCCUCGUUAACCCACCGCCCCUCUGCUUCCCCGCCUCGCUGCUUGCUCGUCGUUUGAUCUGUUUUUAGCCUAGCAGGAGAGUCCUCUCAUCUCGCACCAAGUGCAGUCCCAAAUGCCUGAAUGUUGAUGAAUGACGUCAUUCCACUUACACAUAUCAAAGCUUUUACUUGGCGUCUGUUUUGAUUGGGAAUUUAUUAUUUUUUGGACACUACAGAUUGAGCUGAGCUUAAACCUUACGCUCUUUUCAAAUAAUUUAGACCAAGAACCUGUCGGAGAUUUCCUGUGUAUGUCCAUGUCUUGCUCUGCGUGUACGUGUGUGUGUAUAAAUGCUUGCACUGACAUCAUGGUCUUCAGUAACGUGUCGUCACCCCCACCCCCACCCCCACCCCCACCCUAUUGCUCAUUCUGUAUAAACAUUGAAUUGUUGUGAAUUUUUAAGAACUGUAAUCCUGACCAAAACGCUAUGAGGUGGUUCAUCAUAGGGCAAAUAUGGAUGGUUUGAUAUUAAAGAAAUUCUCCUGCACUUUUUGACUUUUUCAAUCUCUGUCCUCUGCUUCUGUCGUGCAUGUGUGAUUACCACGGAACAAAACCGGAACCUGUUUACUCACAGCUCACUCGCGUGCCCGUCACGUCAUGCUAACCCGGACGUACAGUUAACCCCAGCCUAAGAGCGGCAGGUACGUCGAGUCGAAUCAAAACCUUUUGUGAAAUUAGAGAAACCCGUACAUUUAAACUCAUGGUCGCGAAAGUAAAAAACAAAAUGUACCACUGGUCCAUUGUUCUCAAAACCCCCUUUUACUGCAUCCUUGAACCCGAUGCGCUUCUGACACCUGCUUGCAAUAAACGAAGCGUAAUUUAGCUCAGAAGUACGAGGAGUUAAUCCCGUGCGCCGACUUGACUUCACGUAUCCGCGGUCUCCGUCCUUUCCAAAUAAUCUCUCUGGGGAUGAAGCGUCGUGUUCGCGUCCUCGAGAAAAAUGUCUUCGGCGAACGCUUCGGCUCCGAGCUGUGGCGUUCUCUCGCUGCACGUAAAGAUAUUGUUCUUUGAGUUUGACCAUCGCUGAAGCGGUUAAAGCGAGGUGAGUGAGUUGUUCGUGUUUUAGCGUUAGACUUAUAUAGCUUAUUAUAGUUUUUAUGCUCUACUGUGCUCUGAUUGGCUUACAUCAGAAGGGGGGCGGGGACGUUGGGACAGCAUCGAGGUGCUUCACAACACAGACAUAUAUGAAGUGUUAUGUUUAUGCAAACAUUUCAGUCGAAGGUUUCUUUGGGAACGUCAAUAAGGAGUAGAGCUUUUCUUGGUUUAUGGAUGAGCGAAAUAAAAAAAGGAAAAAAAGGGAGGGCCGGGUGGGUGGGUUUUGGGGGCGGGUCCGUCGUUUUAUCAACAGCUGACUGAAUCAGCGUGGCUACUGUAAAUGAACCACUGAUUUGCCUAUGCUAGUGAUUUGCCCACUCCUGACAAAGUGCAUUCCAAAUACACGACUAUAUCGUGAAGGAUACGACCCUGACACUGCUUUAUACUCGGAUUACUAACAGUGUUAAUUAGGAAGAGACAGACUUUAUUCCCCAGACUUCAGUCACCGCUGCAGUAAACAGUCUUAUUUAUCCUUAUUUUCCUGAAAGUUUUGCCUUCUCUCUCUCACUCCUUCUCCCUCACUCUCUCUCUCUCACUCUCUCUCCUUCUCCCUCCCUCUCUCUCUCUCUCUCUCUCUCUCUCACUCUCUCUUACUCUCUCCUUCUCCCUCUCUCGCUCUCUCUCCUUCUCCCUCUCUCUCUCACACACUCUCUCUCACUCACUCUCUCUCUCUCUCUCCUUCUCCCUCUCUCUCACACUCUCUCUCUCACUCACUCUUACUCUCUCUCUCUCCUUCUCCCUCUCUCUCACACUCUCUCUCUCACUCACUCUUACUCUCUCUCUCUCCUUCUCUCUCCUUCUCCCUCUAUCUCUCUCUCACUCACUCUUUUCUCCCUCACUCUCUCUCUCACUCUCUCUCCUUGUCCCGCUCUCUCUCUCUCUCUCCUUGUCCCUCUCUCUCUCUCUCUCUCUCUCUCUCUCACUCUCUCUCUCACUCUCUCUCCUUGUCCCUCUCUCUCUUUCACUCUCUCUCCUUGUCCCUCUCUCUCUCUCACUCCUUGUCCCUCUCUCUCUCUCACUCUCUCUCCUUGUCCCUCUCUCUCUCUCUCUCUCUCUCUCUCUCUCCUUGUCCCUCUCUCUUUCGCACACCCUCUCUCUCUCUCUUUCUCUCUCUCACUCUCUCCUUCUCCCUCUCUCUCUCUCAUACUCUCUCUCUCUCACUCUCUCUCACUAUCUCUCUCUCUCCCUCCACCAGCUGGAAGCUCAAGUGUGUGAAAGGUUUAAAUGUCACAAAUUUAGAGCUGUUUAUAAUUUGUAAAUACACUGACUGAACAAUUCCCGAAAGGGUCAGAAAUGAUACGUUGACGAAACGGAACAGACUCUGUCUGACUUUAUGUACGAGUGAGAUUUGAGUAAACUGAUUUUAAAAAUAAUAAUAAUAAUAAUAAAUUCCCUCAGGGGGAAACGAGAAAUCACACAUGUAUUACAGAUGCGAAAGAUGGAGAGUAAGAUGAAAAACACGAGCCCAUUCCUCUAAAAGGUUCAGUCUGAACUGUAUUGAUCAUGCUAGUGAAUAAGUGGAGGACGUGUGUGUGUGUGUGUGUGUGUGUGUGUGUUUAAGUGUUUAGCGGUAAAUCUUGUAGUGUUUAUUUAUUUGGAUUUAUUCACUUGCUUAAACAGUCGGUCCAUAAUAAGAUUUCAGCGAUCACUAAUAUGUUGUAUAUUUAAAAUUAGGUGCUUUGUAAGAAUAACUACAUGCCUAAUAUAAUAUACUUUUAUUCUCUCGUUUGAUUUGGUAUUGUUUGUACGUAAUCAUUCGCAUGUUGUGAUGUUUUAGAUUUCUUCCUUGGACACUACUUCAAACAGCCGUUUUUAGGGUGUGACGGUGAACGGUGACAUGACCGGCGCUUUGCUGUGAGGACCUUCACCUUUGAACAGAGUGAUUCUUUUGCAUUAUCUUAAAGAACAUAUUUCUUUUCAGGUUUUUUUUUUUUUUUUUUUUUUUAAUUUUUAAUUUUAAUUUCUACGCUGAAUAUCUGUCGAAUAUCUCGGCUCAGCAGGAACAUGGCUGCUAAUUAGGAAUCUUAAAGCAGGAUGUCAGUGCUCAGUCAGAAUUUCCCCUCAGACCUUCUUGUUAUUUAUUCGUUCAUGUUUGUCGGCUGUCAUGUUCGGCGAAGAGCCUGAUUUCUUGACGUCUUGCAGCGUUAAUAAAGAAUGGCUGGAAACGAA